AUGGCUUCAGUCUCCCUCCAAUACCAACUUCCUUCAAAGGGAGGCCAAUUCACCCUUACCCAAGUCCCCACUCCCACGCCGGGCCCCAACGAGAUCUCCAUCCGAACAAAAGCCAUAGCCCUCAACGGCAUAGAUUGGAAAAACCGCGCCUUCGGCAUAAUGAUCCAAGAAUACCCCGCCGUCCUCGGCAUUGACGCGGCAGGGACCAUCGAAGCCGUAGGCUCGCAAGUCCAAGGCUUCCAGCCCGGCGACGAAGUCCUCAGCCUCGCCGGCACUGACCCGCGAAGCGGUGCAUUCCAGGAAAUCUUCACUGUGCCCGCGCACUUUGUUGCCCGGAAACCCGCCGGCUUGAGCUUCGAGCAAGCGGCCUCUCUCCCCGUUGAUCUGCCGCCGACCAGCGAGCGCGGCGCUGGGAUACAGUCUGUUCUGGUGUUGGGCGGCAGCUCUGGGAUUGGGGCUAUGGCUAUCCAGUUCUUGCGGCUGGUGCUGCCGGCGGCGUUGAUCCUAACGACUGCCUCGAAGAAGCAUCAUGAGCGCUUGCUUUCACUGGGUGCGGAUCAAUGCUUUGAGCGAUCUGCGCAGGAUGAUCCUACUGAUAUCCGUACGGUCGCCGCGCGGGGGGCGGGCGUGGAUGCUAUUAUCGAUACGGUUGGAGCGGCCGGGAGCCAGCCGGCGGUCUUUGCGGCUCUGAACCCUAAUGGAGCGCAGCUUUAUUCGCAGGUCAUGACGGGGGUGGGGAUCAAGGCUCCUGCGGCGGUGAAGGCGACUGUUGUCUUUGCGCGACAGGUCUUUGGGACCCCUGGUGGGCAGACACUGAUCCCGGGGUUGGCCCGGCUUGUUGAGAGUGGACGGGUUAAGUUGCCCACCGCAGUGGAUGUUGUUGGGCAGGGAUUUGAGGCUAUACAGCCGGCUCUGGAUCGGUUGAUGAAAGAGGGGGUUAGUGGGAGUAAGUUUGUAGUUCGUGUUUAG